AUGUUUACAUCUUUAACGUACAGCAAACAUGCCCCUGAAGGAACAGCCACAUCAGGAAAAGCAUUAUUUAUGCUCUUGAAAGCUUUUGUAGGCACAGGAGUUGUCUUUCUACCAAGAUCUUUUGCCUCCGGUGGGUUGAUUCUAUCGAUUUGUUUAAUGAUCGUCAUUGCCAGCAUUUGUUCACUAUCAUUUCACAUUCUCAUUAAAGCUCAACAAAGUGUGGGAGGAUCCUAUGGAGAAGUCGCAAGAACUUUGUAUGGAAAUUGGCUCUAUCAUUUAAUAGAUUUCUUCUUAUGUAUUUCGCAAAUGGUCUUCGUUGCUUCCUAUCUUAUCUUUAUAUCCGAGAAUAUUGGAUUGGCCGUUCAAACAUUGAACCAUUGUGUAACUCCGUUUGACGCGAGACAUUACAUUUGGGUAGUACUUAUCGUCGUUAUUCCUAUUACUUGGAUACGAAAAAUCGCCAAAUUGUCUUAUCUGGCAAUAAUAGCAGAUAUAUUCAUUUUAUUCGGUUUGGCUUGCGUUGUGUACUUUUCAUCUACUGCAAUUGUAAGUCAAAGAGGACCAGGUCCAAACUUAAAAUUUGUUGACUCUUCCAGCUUUGGUCUAAUGAUAGGCACAGCAGUAUUUUCCUUUGAAGGUAUCGGUAUGGUCGUUCCUAUAGUGGAAGGUAUGAAAGAGCCUCAUAAUUUUGGUUCAGUCCUGCUACUGGGGAUGGUCAUUUGUACAAGUAUCUUUGUGUUUAUCGGCUCCAUUGGCUAUAUUGCAUAUGGAGAUAGAACGCAGGCGAGCGUAGUAGCUAACAUGCCUAGAGAGCCCUUAUCUAUAACAGUGCAAUUACUCUACUCUCUUGCUAUGAUCUUAUCUUCACCUUUUAUGUUAUAUCCUCCUUUGACCAUAAUCGAGCAUGCUUUAUUCAAGAAACAUCGAAGUGACCGUACACAUUUACGGUACAAGUGGCUUGAAAACUUUACACGAUCUCUCAUUCCCCUCACAUGCGCGGCUAUUAGCUUUGGUGUGGGCGCUGAUGGAUUAGAUAAAUUCGUUUCUCUGGUGGGUUCUAUUGCCUGUAUGCCACUUUGCUUUAUCUUUCCGGGUAUGUUUCAUUAUAAAAUCACUAGAAGCAGCUUCGCAAAAUUUUGUGAUGUUAUUCUUAUUCUGUGGGGUGUAGGCAUUGAAGCAUAUACGCUGUACAUCAACAUUAAUUCUUGGAUCGCUAUUACUCCACCUUCGUCAUCGACUUCAAUUACCAAUAACAGCAAUGUAAAUCAAUGCAUAAAUUAA